AUGAACAUCCCUGCAUUCCUCUAUUUUUUCAAUCUGCUAUGGGCAUCGCCUAGCAUCGUCUUCACCCGGGGUCUUGAUUAUCCUCAAGCAGCUCCGUUCAAAGUAGAGUCUCUACCUGGGAUUUCGUCAUUGCCGCCGAGCUGGGCUGGUCGGAUUCCUGUUCCAGGAGCCAAGAAGGACAAUGAUAUCUUCUUCUGGCUGUUUGAAUCAGAAAAGCCAGUUUAUGACGACAACUUAAUCAUCUGGUUCAACGGCGGUCCAGGUUGCUCAUCACUAAUAGGCCUCGCGACAGGCAAUGGCCCCUUCUCCUUUGAUGGAAACUCUACAAAUCUUGUCCGAAACCCUCACUCAUGGACACAAUUGGGCAAUGUGCUUUAUGUUGAUCAGCCUGUCGGCACUGGUUUGUCCACGGCCAGUGUUCCAUACCCCGUGCGCGACAACGGCCAGGUUACAACAGACUUUGCAGCUUGGCUAAUUGGCUUCUUUGAAUACUUCCCACAUUUGCAAUCAAAGAAGAUUCACCUGAUGGGCGAGUCAUACGCCGGGAUCUACAUUCCCUACAUCACAUCCCAGCUUCUCAAAAGCAACACCUCUGUCCCUUUGAACAUUGCUUCUAUAUCCCUGGGCGAUGGAUCAUGGGGAAAUGGAGCAGCUAUGUCAUCAGUCGCCACGGGCAGAUACCUCCGAUCCCAAUCAGCUCUUCUUGGAAUACCAGAAGACAUUCUCUCGGUCUUCUCCGAAGCAGACGAAAGCUGUGGCUUCAACAAAGUAUUAGCAAAGUCUGCCGCCUAUCCUCCACAGAAGAAGUUUCACAUUCCCGGGAACCCUGAAUACUUCAAUCUCAAGCGACGACGUCGUGACCUGACGAAUGCUCUCAACGCCGCCUGUGACAUAGGACCAACAACCCCGGAAGAAGUCCGAACUUCGAUCUUCAACUCAACCUGCUACGGCCCUUGUGCCACAUUCUCCACGGCAAUGGAUUACCUGACCACCAAGGCCGAAGACAGCUCAACCCGUGGCUGCUACGAUGUCUAUGACAUAUCCCACGAUUGCAGUUCUAUCUCCGGAUUGCCACUACUAGCAGAAUACUUCAGUCGCGCAGAAGUACAGACUGCACUGCACGUUCAUGACAACGGGCCCUACAGCGCAUGUAACUCGACGAUUCUGGCAACUCUGCUGGCAGCAGAGUCACCUGUACCACCGGAAUACUUUCUCCUGCCAUCUCUGAUUACACAGCACAACAUCUCGCUUCACCUCUACUCUGGAGAAUGGGAUAUGCUGAUCAAUCAUCUUGGCGCUGAGCUGUCGCUGCAGAAUAUGACGUGGCGCGGCGCACAAGGCCUUUCGAAGCCACCAAGUCAGCCGUUCUACGCUGACAAUGCGGCGCCUGACAAGACCAAGCUGUCAAAAUCUGCGCAUAGUUCGGCCCUCUCAGCUGCCAGUGAUUCGACGAAAGCGGCAGGUACAUGGGCUGAAGAACGUGGGGUAUCAUAUCACCUUUUCCGUGGUGCAGGACACAGUGUGUUCAUCAAUAAGCCUAGAGAGAUGUUCUCCUACGUGAGGGAUGUGGUGGUUUCCGCGAAAUCAGGUUGA